AAUUACUUUAAAGUGAUCAGUUCUCAAAAUGAUUGGAUGUUAGUGGGUGGAAGAAAUGUUAUUCAUAAUGUUAGUUUAAAUGAUUUGGAAUUACUGGACUCUAUAAAUUGGCCAUCAGAUAAAUCGGACAUUAAUGUUUGUAUACACAAGCAAAAAACCAAAGAAGAGUGUCAAAAUUACAUUCGUGUAAUUGUCCCCAAGACGCCAGGAGAAUUAUUUGUAUGUGGUACAAAUGCUUACAGACCAAGAUGUCGGACAUAUAUCAAACAAGAAAAUGGCAAAUUUGAAUUUGAAGGCAAGGAAGAACAGGGAAUAGCGAAGUGUCCUUUUGAUCCAAAACAGAACAGCACAUCAGUAUAUUCCAAUGGUGUACUUUACUCAGCAACUGUGGCUGAUUUUUCCAACCGAGAUCCUUUGAUUAUUCAUGCAGAAAAGAAUAAAUAUGUCAGAACUGAACAAUAUGAUUCCAAAUGGCUGAAUGAACCCAAUUUUGUCAGCUCCUUUGACAAAGAUGAUAAAGUUUUCUUCUUUUUCCGAGAAACAGCUGUAGAAAAUAUUAACUGUGGUAAAGCAACCUUCUCUCGUGUGGCUAGGGUCUGUAAACAAGAUGUUGGUGGAGAUGUUGUCUUACAGAAUAUAUUCACAUCAUAUUUCAAAGCCAGACUAAAUUGUUCCAUUCCUGGAAAUUUUCCAUUCCACUUCAAUGAAAUCCAGUCAACUACGGAAUUGGGACAAGGCAACUAUAGACCAGUUUCUGAUAGUGGAGACAGGAAUAACAUGGUGUAUGGUGUCUUCACAACAAAUGAAAAUAGUAUACCAGGAUCUGCUAUCUGUGCCUAUAGCCAUGCUGAUAUUCUGGAUGCUUUCAGGGGAAAAUUUAAAGGACAAGAAUCAGCCUUACACAACUGGUUGGCUGUACCUCGAGAUAAAAUUCCCACCCCUCACCCGGAAAGAUGUACCAAUGACAGCAAAAAGAUUCCUGACAUGACAUUAGAUUUUGUCAAAACUCAUCCCUUGAUGGACACUGCUAUUCCAGCCAGAGGAGGUGCUCCAGUUUUGGUGCACACUAGUUUUACUUCAAGAUUUACUCAAAUUGCUGUGGACUGGCAAGUUUUUUCUGGAAAAGGACGUUAUUAUGAUGUUAUGUUUGUUGGAACUGAUGAUGGUAAAGUCAUCAAAGCUAUCAACAAAGGAGAAACAUCCAAAAUUGAAACAGUUGUGAUAGAAGAGAUCCAAGUCUUUGCUGACAAGUCACCCGUGGUCAACUUGAAACUCUAUAAAGGGAACCAUAUUUCCGAGAAAUUGGUUGUCAUCUCUGAGAAAGAAAUCAUCUCUAUUCCUCUACACCGUUGUCACGAGAAGAAGAAUUGUCAUGAUUGUGUUGCCCUUCAAGACCCUUACUGCUCUUGG